AUGCGGGUGAGAGACCCUGGGUUUAUCCAGGCCCGGGUUUGUCCCACCACCCCCAGAUGCAAUGAUAAAAGGCCUGCGAGACGCUGCAGAGACGCAGGUCCCGGCGCGCCGCGCGGGCCCGGGCCGGGCGGAGGCGAGCGGCUCCUCACGCGCUUUUCUCUCCGCAGGGAGAAGCUGUCCGUGGCGCGGCUGCAGCGGGAGGUCGCGCACAGCGAGCGGCAAGGAGCCAUGCGUGAGAAGCUGAUACAUGAGUUGGAGGAAGAAAGACAUUUGAGACUUGAGAGUGAGAAGAGACUGCGGGAGGUGACGCUGGAGUCGGAGCGAAGCAGAGCUCAGAUGCGGGGACUGCAAGAACAGUUUUCCAGAAUGGAGGAGACAGUGAGAAACCUCCUACAGCACCAAGGAUCCUCGGGCCCCAAUGGAGAAGGAACUGUCAGCAUCAUGAAGGUGUAUCAGGAAAAGCUCUCAGAAGACAGUAGAAAAUGCAAAGAAGGUAUGGAAAAAAAUCAUGGGGCAAUAGAUGAAGAUUCAAGAAGUGAAAGCAGCAGCACCGAAGAGGAGAAAGAAAAGACAAAAUUGCUGUUGGAGCGUUUGAAGGCUCUGGAGGCGGAGAAUUCAGCACUGGCUCUGGAAAAUGAAAGUCAACGAGAACAGUAUGAAAGAUGCCUUGAUGAGGUAGCUAAUCAGGUUGUCCAGGCUCUACUUACUCAAAAGGAUCUGAGGGAGGAAUGCAUAAAGCUGAAAACGAGAGUUUUUGAUUUGGAGCAGCAGAACCGAACAUUAAGUGUGCUUUUCCAGCAGAGAGUCAGGCCAGCCUCUGACCUCCUCCUUCAGGAAUGCCAGCAGAAUGUGAAAUCCAGUAUACCUGUCUUGAAAUGCCACAGUCAAUUAAAUAUGACAGGUCCUAGCCGCCUGUAUCCCCGGAGCAGCUGCAGCAGCAGUGAGCUCUCCCUCUCAAGUGCUUGCAGUGAAUAUUCCAGUGGUUCCUCCUACACUUGGAACGAUGGGAAAACAUGCAGCAAAAGGUCAUCCAUAACCUGGGAUAAAAGAAUAAGCAUUGGCUCUUCACUCCCAAGCAACCUCUCAAGUCCUGCAGAUGAUCUACCUCCAACUCGUAUCAAGGAAAACCAUAUCCUACAAGGGCUGAAAAAGUUACAGAAGCAAAAAAUACUGCUUGAGUCACCUUCAGUAAUAUCAAAAUGGGGUUACAAAGACUGCAUGAACUCCAAUGAAGGCAUUUAUUCCCCAGGAGUUAAAUGUGGGAGCCAUAAAGAACAGACUCAUUGUAAGCCAACAGAAAUGGGAAAUAUUUGCGUUGAACACAACAAAACUUUCUCUUACGAUUCAGAUUCGCACGAUGACAUAGACGACGACUCUUCGUCUUUACUGCUGCUGCAGGAAGUACCAAGCAAGGACUGCAGGAUCUGUUGUAACAAAUUAACUCACAGUGUUUCUGACAGCCUAUUUGAUUGGGACCUUAAUAGGAAACAGUUGCCUGAAAGAAGCUCAUAUUUUAAUUCAAAAGAAAGACCUGAAAAAUUGACAAGUUUUGUCAGUGCGUUUCAGGCAGAAGUAAAAUCGUGCAGCAGAGCAGAGCUGCCUGAGUUGCGGUUAGAUCAAAGCCUUGUUAAUACAGGCUGGAAGGACCUUAAUUUUCAACUCUCAGAUACUGAUGACAAUGAAAUCUUGGAUGAAUUACAUAUAGAAAGCAGCGAUGAGAAGAGUCCCUCAGAUCUGUUAGCGACUCCCUUCCCCGAGAAGUACACGAAGACUGCUGACACGCUCGUGGUGGUGGAGACUUCUCAGCUUGUAUCUGCUGACAGAGAAGACAAGCAGCCCCCUGCUCACUCAGAUAUUAGGCCAAAGACGUGUAACUUUGUUAAACAACAAAAGGUUAUAAAGAAGACCUCUUCUGAAGAGUGCAUUACUGUAAUAUUUGAUGCUGAGGAUGGUGAGCCUAUUGAAUUCAGCUCACAUCAAACCGGAGUUGUCACUGUAACAAGAAAUGAAAUUUCAAUCAGCCAGCCACAAACUAGGUCCAGUGCAGAAUAUACUGAACUUAUACCUCAGGGAAUAGCUAGUUUGCAGACAGGAACCAACGCUAGAAAGUACACUGCUUUAGAAAGACCUGAAGAUGAAACUGAGAAAAGGUCUGCAGAAGAAAACAUGGGGAAUAAAAACACCGCUGUCCCCAUGAGCUGCAGUGAACCUUCAGGCUGUGGGAGAGCAGUGCUGCAAAAUGCUCCGCGACAGAAACUAGUGAAGCCGGUGUAUGAUGUAUCAUACAAGGCCAGCCCCAGCUCCACUGUGCAUGCAGGCAUCAGUCAAAAGCCAAACCUCACUAAAAUACCCAGCAGAGGGAAAUUUUCUCCUCAGAAAACCACGAUGACAGAGAGCGAGGAGACACCUGCACCUGCAUCUGCGGGUCCUGCAGCCCUUGAAAAAUCGCCUGCUCUGCCACCUGUAAAGCUUUCCAGAUUUAAAAAGGCACAAAGUCCUCCUCGUAAUUUGGACUCAAAAGUCACCCUCCAGCUCCCAAAGUCCCCUGCCCACCCUCUGCCCAGCCCGAAGCCUCCAGGUAGAAGCGAUGGGAUGAAGAACCCAAAGAGCCAGAGCCCAGGAUCACCACUGUUGCCUCAGCACCUUAUAGAGCCCAGUGACUACAGAGAGCCUCCCACCAGAGAUGUCCACUGCAGCGCAGCAGCUGGAGAUGCCCGGUCACCAUCACCUCCUCUUCCUCCAGGCAGGUCAACCUCACUGCUAAUUAGGCCUAAUUAUGGUCAUUCACCACCUGUAUCUGUAAAGUUAGGAGCAGCUGGUUCCAGUGAAACAGCAAAAAAUGUACUUAAAUCAUCACCAUUAAAAGGGACUGUGAACUCUGGCUUUCAUAAUCAAUCUAGUCAUGAAAUGCAAGCAAAAACUGUAUCUUCUGGGGCCAAAAUUGAAUUAUCUUACCUUCAGGAAAAUGCAGAAGCAAUUAUGCAAAAUAAAUGCAUAUCUCAGCAAGCCCACAGCACAUGCCAAGGACUUUCCAAAGUUCCCACAAAGCAAGUUUGCCCCAAAGCCCCUAAUCAGCUGCCUCUCUGCAGGAACCGUGAUUUUUCCAAUGCAGAUUUUCCAACAGCCAGGUCUUUUUCCCUAGAUUGUCCAUCACUGGAAACAACUUCUUCACCAGGCGCAUAUUCCAGCAAAAAAGACACUUCCAGCGACAGUGGGAUAGAUCAGCCACAAAAGAUGCCAAACCUUGUCCCCGCACCCUCUCAGCGCCGCACCGCGAGCACGAGCGAGCCUCAGCUCUCUCAGGUAAACAGUCCCCCAAUGUCAACACUGUUCCACGAUAAUAAUGCUGCAAAUGCUACCCAGGGCUCUAAUGAGAAAGGGCUGAGAGCCCGUCGCCCUGUAGGACUGAAAUUAUUUGUUAAAUCGCCCCAACUUCUCCGAAAGAGCUCUACUGUACCGGGGAAGCAGGAAAAAGACAGCAUCAAUGCAGCUUCCAAAAGCAACGUGACUGCAAAUAAGGACAAGCAGGAUGAAUCGAGAUGCACAGGCACCAGAGGAGCAAGGGACACUGAAUUAAAAGACUCUAAGUCUGACACUGAAAUAAAAGAUAAUUUUACUGGGGGACUUAGCAUGGAUGCAGCGUCAUCGCAUUCACAUGAGAAUUGCAGCGUGGUGGUGGACAGAGGAGAUGGGUUAGAAAACAAGUUGGUGAAGAGAUCUCUUUCCUCUAGCAACAAGUCGCACUUGAAACCGGCACUGGGCAUGAACGGAGCAAAAGCUCGGAGCCAGAGUUUCAGUGUUCACCUAGGGGAAAAGGCAUCUGCCCUCGGGACAGAGGGGCUUGGGAAGGUGCGGACCCAGAUCAUUACCAACACCUCGGACAGAGGAAAUUCCCUAACGAGGCAGAACUCGGCCAUGGAAGGACUUCAAAUCAGGGUUGUUCCCGGCUCGGCGGCCACAUCAGAGACUCUUUCAGCCGUUCCUAAAGCCUCAGAAAGCUCUUAUUCUAGACAAAGUUCUCUGGGAAAUGCGAGUAACGGCAGCAGCCAGCAUGGAAGCCCAAGCAGGCUGCCGUUCAGAUCACCUCCAAGGCUGGACUUGUUCCAUGGUGCUUCAAAGGGCGAUGGACACAAACCACUUGCUCAGAAAGAUGCCCGCGGUCUAUCCAUCCUGGGUGAGAAAUGCAGAGAAGGUUUCAAACACGAACCUCUAAAUAAAAAAAGUGCCGUCCAAGCCGCAGAGCUGGAAUUCACGGUGUCAACUGCUGUCUCCUCUGAGCAAAUUUCAUCCUUUCAGAGCGUGGAAGGGCUGCGGUGUCCUCAGAAACUUGAAGCAAUGAAGUCGCAAAGACAGCAGAUGUCUUUGCAGUUAGCAGAAGCCUCUGAGAAGGUUACGGGUGUUUUGAGUUCCCCUGCUCUACAACCUACAAUAGAGGAGAAAGUCAUGUUGUGCAUCCAGGAAAAUGUGCAGAAGGGUCAGGGACAAAGCAAAUCUCCCACUGCUGAGACUAAGCAAAAAACUGGGCCCUCCCUGGCGAGCUGGUUUGGCUUUCGGAAGAGUAAACUGCCAGCCCUGAGUAGCAGGAAAACUGACAUUCCUAAAACCAAGCUAGAAAAAAAAGAAGCAAAAGUCUCUGGGUUUGGAAUUAAGCAGGCAAGAGUAGAGAAAAAAAAGGAAAAAAAGAAAACCGACCAACACUGUGAAAUGGAGAGUGAAGUUAACAGGAAAGCAGACAGCAGUGACACUGUAGAUGAUGUUCUGAAGAGCAGAAAUAUGAGAGCUUCCCAAGAUAUUCCUGGCCAGCCUGGCUGUGAGCAAGGCAAGGGCUGCAGCCCGGCUGCGUGCUCCCCAAAGGACAGCUUUAUGAGAGAGCUGUUAAACAGAGUUGAUAAGGAAGCAGCUCAGCAGACAGAAAGUGGAUCAAAUAAUGUUUCCUACAGGAGUGUGUCGAAGGGCAGCUCCCAGGGCUCCUCUCUUCACGACAACUCUAUCAGCUCUCAAGGAAUCCACAAGAAAAACAGCAAAACAAAAGCUGAUAUGGAAAUGCAGAAUCAGACCCUGGCUAAAGUAGUCACAGAAAACCUGCAAGAAGAAGAGGAGGACACCAUGGCAAGGACUACAUGUCAGAGUCGUGUGAUAGGUACAAAAUUAUAUUUUACACUGGAUUUUAUUGCUGUCUCGGUGUGGGGAGGGAGCGGUUUCGUCCUCAUGACUCCAUUUGUUUGCUCACCUAACGCCUUGCGGCACUUGCUUAGCGCGGUUCAGGGACGGGCAGAUUUCUCCAGCCCUAUAAAAGAUAAGGACCUGCUGCUGUCUGUGGUGGCUCUUGCUAGCAGGACUUGGAAGCUGCCUGUGAAAGACCCUCUUGGUUCCGCACGGUCCUUUGCCUCCGGGGUGGUUGUGCGAGAGCCUUCCUGGUGUUCAGCAGCGCUGCCGUCUGCCCUCCAGUUUGCUCUGUCUGCAGCCAGGUGCCAGGGUCCAGUUCUGCACAGCUGA